CCAGGCUUUUUCUUUUGUCAUGGUCUUCUGGUAGACCAAGGAUUCUUAAGUUGUCUCCCCUGGACUUGUUUUCUAAAUCUUCUGUUUUGUGGAUGAGGUGUUUCAUAUUUUCCUCAAUUUUUUCAUGCUUUUGGAUUUUGUUUUAUAGUUUCCUGCUGCCUUGUGAAGUUGCUUGCUUCUAAUUGUUGUAUUCUAGUUUUUAGAGACUGAAUUUCAUCCCUGUCUUUUUGGUCAUACUUCUCCUUCUGGUUUGAUUUUUUUUGGAGGUCAUCUUUCAUUUUCUUUGCCUCAUCUUUCAUCUCCUUUGCCUCAUUUUCAAACUGAUUAAUUUUGGCUUUCAAGACACUACUUUCUCAUUUUAGUUCAAGUGCCUCUGUUUCCAGAUGACGUAUAAGUUCUUUUCCCAGUUGUCUUCAGCCUCUCUUAAUUGUGUUUUGAAUUGUAUUUUGAGUUCUUCCAAAGCCUGUGUCCAAUUCACUGGAGUUUCUGUGUUUUUGCUUGGUGUUCCUUGAUCCUUGUUUUUUUUUUUUGCUCUUUGUUCAUUGCUUGGAUAGAAGCUGUUGAUUGUAAUUUCUUUUUUCUUUUUCUGUUUUUUGCUCAUAUUUACCCCUUCUUUUCCCCCUAUAGUUGCUUGUAGUCUUGCUCUGCUCAUUAUGUGCUGGAUCUCCAUUUUGGAGUUUUUGAACAUGGAAUUAGAGCAUUUCUGGGUGAAGACAAGAUCAAGGGAUUGACUCAAGAAACAUGGAACCUAAUUCUUGUGAUACAUUUGUGGCAUUGCCUCCUUCUACAGUUGGCAAUAGAAUUAUUUUUGGAAAAAAUUCAGAUAGACCCUUUGAUGAAGUACAAGAGAUUAUUUAUUUUCCUGCCGCAACUCACAGCCUUGAAAAAAAACUUGAGUGCACAUAUAUUGAAAUUGAACAAGUGGCAGAAACAUAUGCUGUUGUACUAAGUCGGCCAUCUUGGUUAUGGGGUGCAGAAAUGGGAGCCAAUGAACAUGGAGUUUGCAUUGGAAAUGAAGCUGUAUGGGGAAGAGAAGAAGUAUGUGAGGAAGAGGCAUUACUUGGCAUGGAUCUUGUCAGGCUUGGACUUGAAAGAGCUGACACAGCUGAGAAAGCACUCAACAUUAUUGUUGAUUUACUAGAAAAAUAUGGACAAGGUGGAAAUUGUUCAGAGAAUAUGGUAUUUAGCUAUCACAAUAGUUUUCUGAUAGCUGAUAGGCAUGAAGCCUGGAUUCUUGAGACUGCAGGACAAUAUUGGGCUGCAGAAAAAGUAGAAGAGGGAGUUCGUAAUAUUUCUAAUCAACUCUGUAUAACAACCAAGAUUGACCGAGAACAUCCAAAAAUGAGAGAAUAUGCUAAGAGCAAAGGUUGGUGGGAUGGUGAAAAAGAAUUCAAUUUUGCUGCUGUAUACGCCUAUCCUAAUAGUUCUGGGAUUAUUACUUUAUCAGAAAGAUACUGCGAGGGUAACAAGCUUCUGAACAAACACAAAGGAAAUAUAACUUUUGAAACAAUGAUGGAAAUUCUCCGAGACAAAGAGAGUGGCAUUAACAUGAAAGGAGCAUUUCAGACUACUGGCAGCAUGGUUUCCAUUUUACCUUCAGAUCCCAGCCUUCCGUGUAUUCAUUUCUUUACAGGAACCCCUCACCCUGAAAGAUCUGUUUUUAAGCCAUUUAUUUUUGCACCAAAUCUCACUCAUUUACUAGAAACUAUUUCACCAACAUUUGGACUUGAAGAUCCAGUUAAAAAGCAUCCACGUUUUCAGAGUAAAUGCGACAGAAGGCAUCCUCUUUACCAGAGACAUGAUCAGGCAAUAGAAAUAAUGAAUGCUGAUGAGGAAAAAGGCAGAAAAAUGCUGGAAGAGAUGAGGAUAUUGGAGAAAGAAAUACUCAAAGAAAUGGAAUUAGUCCUUCAGAAUAAGUGUCUUGAUGAGAACAGAACUAUUGAUCUUUUUUCUCAAUGUGUAAAAAACGAAAUGAAAAUUUAUGGGCCAAUUAUUGGCUCUCCGUGAACAUACCAAGUUCAGAGGUCUCCUUCAAAGGCAGUCCUAAGCUAUUAAAUCCAGUAAAUCUGAGUUCAAUAGACUUGAUCAGUUUUUAGUAAUAUUCAGGUAGCUGAAAUUUAAUCUUGAUUAUUAGUAAAACUGUCAUCUUUCUGGGAUACUGAAAAAGAAAAUAAGGUUCAUAUGAAUUUUAAUUGAUAUUCUUAUUUCAGAGAAUACUUAAAAGCUAUUUGGAAAUAGUAGAUUAGAAUAUCAUAUCAGUGUUAAAGUAAUUAUGAAUUUCAAGUUGAUUUUCUAAUGCUUUGUGAAAGCACAAAAUGUUUAAAAUGAAGUACAGAGUAAUAUAUGUUACAAUAAUGUUAUAAUUAUUUUUGUAGUAUCCUAAAAUAUCUUUCAAUUAUAAUAAGAAAACAGACUGUUCUUUAAGGAGACUGUUCUUUAAAACACUUAGUAAAAAAAAAAACCAAUGAGUCAUCUGUGACUUGAGUAAAAUUAUAAGAACAAGAAACUGGUUUUUGAGAUUAGGUCUUUCUCUCUGAUCCAGCCUGAAAGAACAUUGGCCACUCAUGGUCAUGAUCUCACUUUGCUGCAUUGUAUGGAAGCUUUGAGCCUGAUUCUUUUCUGACUUGAGCUGGGUUUGCCUCUCCUUCAGCAUCCUGAAACAUCCUUACCUGUCCUCCCCAAAGCUCUGCAUGCAUGCUGGUGUCACACAGUAUAGACACCUGAUUGACUUUAGAUCUCCUCCGGUCCAAAAACUCUUGAUCUCAAGUACCCACCAGGCUUAGCCUACCCAUCCACAGAGUUCAUAGGUGUGCACCGCUAGACCUCAUAACAAGAAACUUCUCAAGAAUUACAUAUUGUUCUCCUACUUAAUUUCAGUAUAUCUAUUCUGCCCAGGCAGAAUAUAGCACAAAGAUGCUCUUUGUAAAAUUGACUGUGACUGAAUUGUACUAGUUGAUUUUCCAUGAUUUUGGGGGGAAAUAUUUUAACCUUAUAAAAUUAAUUUCACUCAAAUAUCUGUGUCCCCAGCAUCUACAUACUUCUAAAUACCAUAUAUAUGCCCUUCCUGUCUUUGUUAACUUGUGUUCUUCUUUUCUUUAUUUCAUUCUGUAGAAAGAUAGCUUGUCUGGGGAUAUAAAGAUGAAGAAAACUAGGCCUUAA